AUGUCGCACGCUACCACGAAAGUCGCCUCCGCCACUUCUCGCGUCAACCCGACGCCUAACGACCCCUCGGAGACCAACCUCGACUUGAGGGGAUCAACCAACCCUGCCGCUGUCGACACCUCCGUCCCCGCUCAGCGUACCCACCAGGAGCGCGAAGCUCUUCACAAUUCCGACAAGCUACCCGCUCAUGUAGGCAGGACUCAAAUUGAACCUCUAGACCAAGAUUUUGGGCAGAGGUCGGAGAAGCAGGACGAGGACAAGAGGAAGCUGCAAGCACAGGGCCAGGGUUUUGCGGAGACCGGGAACUGA